AUGCACCUCUCAUACAUUCUCGCUCUCCUUGGAGCCACUGGAAUUACUUUGGGGCUUCCUGUCUCCAACGAUGACCAGCUUGAGUCGACUUCUCAAGAAGUAGACAAGCGCUUUUACUACAUUACCUACGCUCCCGAGAAGCGCAGUGAGGAGGCUGUUGACAAGCGCUUCUACUACACUAGCUACGCCCCCGAGAAGCGUGAUGAGGAGGCU